AUGACGAUAACACAACGAAAACCCCAGAACAAGGCGGAUGACAUCCCAAUUGUUAAUGAGCCUGGCGACUUGUACCAGUGCGAUUCGUGUGCAUGCGACCUCACACAUACAAUCCGUAUCAAGUGCGCCGACCCAGUUUGCGAGACCGGAGACGGAGUGGAUAUAUGUCCAAGCUGUUUCUGUGCAGGGAAGGAGUUUGGGAACCAUAAACGCGGCCAUGCCUAUCGGGUCAUUGAAAUCAACUCAUACCCCAUCUUUACGGAAGAUUGGGGGGCAGAUGAAGAACUACUCUUGAUUAAAGGAAUUGCAACGCAGGGAUUCGGAAAUUGGAAGAAGAUAGCUGAAGUUGUCGGAACAAGGACAAAGGAGGAAGUGGAAUCGCAUUACAUCUCAACCUAUAUUGAAUCAGCGAAUUGGCCCAUCCCCCCCAUGGACAAGUACUUCGAUAUAGAUCCCGCUGAAUUCCAAGAACGCAAACGCCGGCGUAUAGCAGAAAUAAACGCAGCCGUCAUACCUCCGCAGAAGCCUACUCCUGUUUCCCUGCCUGGAAUCCACGAAAUAUCCGGAUUCUUCCCCGGUCGGUUGGAAUUCGAGCACGAACUUGAUAAUGAUGUUGAGGAUUUAGUCAAAGACCUUGAAUUCGGAGUAUGUCUACAGUAUGGUGGAGAUGCCAUGCCCGAGGACCCCAACGAUCUGGACGUAAAGGCUCGGGUGCGCUGGGAGGAAGAGCGACGUGGUAUCACCCAGACAUCCGGAAAGGGCCUUCCUAACGGAAUGUUGAAUGGCAUUGCGGGUGUUUACCGCUCCUCCUCCUCUAACAGCCUGGAGGUAAAGAAAGAGAAACCCACGAAAUCGGAUGACGCGACGGCUAGUGGCGAAGGAAAUGAAGACGAAGCAGGGGAUGAAGUUACUCAACCGCCACCGAUCGAAACGCCAGAAUCACUCGCUUUCAAGCUUACACUACUUGAGAUGUAUUUUCAACGCCUUCAGAAGCGGCAUGAAGCCAAAGUCGUUAUGUUUGAUCGUGGUCUACUGGAGUAUAAGAAGAUGCAAGCGGCCGACAAGAAACGACCUCGCGAAGAGAGAGAAUUAUUACAUCGACUGCGACCCUUCGCACGUUUACAGACCGCCGAGGACUACGAAGUGUUCACUUCCGAUAUCUUGUACGAGGCACUUCUCCGUAAACGGAUAAAGGAACUGCAGGAGUAUCGUAGAGUCGGUCUGGUUACUGCCGCGGAUAUCGAAAAGCACGAGAUUGAUGCCGCGAAAAGAACACAAGCAAAAGCGGUGUCUAAGGAGUAUCAUGUGUCAGAUAGGCUACAACAUCGUGCGGCUGGAAGGCAAUCUUCUGGACCUGAUCCUCGACGCUCCAGUCUUGCAGCUGGAGACUUCGACGAUAGGAAGAGCCACGAACGUGAAAACACACCAAAUCUUCCGGGGAGUUCAUCGGCUUUCGGAGCCCCAAUACGCCGACCACCUGCCCCACUUAACCUCGCCAACAGUCCGUCACUCCACCUUCUCACGCCGGGAGAGCAAACACUCUGUUCUCAGCUUCGGAUACUACCGAAACCGUAUCUGGUUAUCAAGGAGACCCUCGUGCGAGAAUAUGCUCGUCGUGGUGGAAAGCUGCGGCGAAGAGAAGCACGCGAUUUGGUCAAGGUGGAUGUCAGCAAAACAGCGAGAGUCUGGGAUUUUCUUGUUCAAGCCGGUUUUUUGAAGAUCACAUCAGACGCGGAAUUGAAUUCGACAUCUGCCACUACCACUGGUGCGAAUGCAUCUGUGCAUAAUUCCCCUCGGCCACCCGCUGUAAUACCUGCUGCAAUUGCUGCCCCUGCAGCUGCGGAAAGCCGGUCUGCAAUACCCAGCACUGGCUGGCAGCCACCAUCAUAA